AUGCCGACACCACUGGACCGCGCGAUGAACUCAAAGAACCUAGUCUUAGGUUUCGCCGGCAUGGUAACAGCGGCAGCAGUGUGGGCUAUCUGGGGUAACGAGAUGUUUCCUGCAGAAUCAGAUCCGCAAGGAGAUCCGGCAUACUGGACACUUGAUGAGAUGCAUCGAUGGCUUCGUGCGCGAGGACUCAUGCCACAUGAAAAAGCGACGCGUGAAGAGCUCCUUGAACGUAUUCGAGCGAAUUUGCGUCCCGCGCCAAGGGCUUGA